CUCUCGCAACAUCUGACUAGUAGUUCUGUUCAUUCCGCACGCUUAGGACCUCCAUCAUGGCGGCGACCCAGAUCACGGAUGAUGGCAAAGUCAUCGCACCAUUCAACAUCACAGCACCCGCUCCGGUCAUUGAGCUCAAUGGAUUCCAUUGGGGAACAGUCGACCACAAACUGGAAGGUCCUGAGUUUGUUGAGCAGCACACCGUGCAGCAACGUGUAGCAGAACCACCUGUCGCUCUUGCUGCCGCUGCUGCUGCCGCUGUCUCUCAACCAGCAGCACAACAAUUGCCAGUGAGUGGAGCAAAUCUUCCCGAGCAAGUGGAAGAGCAAUUAGGCUUCAGGCCAAAGCCGAAGGAACUGCCCAAGCCAGCUCCUCCCUUCCCUUUGAAACAGAUGCAGGGCGCGUUUGCUGGAAAUGGAUUCAACUCCAUCUUCCGACCAAGGUCAAAAAUGGACGGCGUGAAGGAGUCGAAAGAUGACUUCACAGACCUGAAAGGCAAGGCAAUCGGAGGCGCGCCAACAAGCCCGGGCGACAAUAUUCUUGAACUCAACCUGACCCUAGAGCAAUGGAGCUUUGGUAAGACGAUCGGUGACAUUCCAAAUCGUGGCUUCAAUGGGAAUAGCCAGCCGGAUAUCACGCUUCAAGGGUUUCCGUACAUGCAAACAGUCCAGGAUGCAACAGACCCAAAGACUGGAAGGUCGACCAACCCUGAUACCACUGACAUACAUUUCGAGACCGGCAUGUGGCUCUUCGUGGAGAAGUGCGACAAGAAUCCGCAAUGUGCAGAGACAGUCGUGCGAAUGGCGUCCAUCCCUCACGGCACGACGAUUAAUGCACAAGGCUUGGCCGGCAAGCAGCAAAAGAUCACCACUACCACUCCUAUCGGAGGCGUGGCUGGUCCCCCAAACUUCGACAAGGACAAACUCGAUACUAGACCAUUCUUCAUCGGCGGCAGCCAAGUGCUCGGUGGCGACGGCAACAGUGUCUUCACAAACAUGGAUGCAACCAACAAGAACACCUUCAGGAUACCACAAAAUCUCGAUCCAUACAUCAAAGCAGGCACGAUCACCACGGAAGUCAUCCAAAAUCCAAAUCUCUUCCUCGCAAAAGCUAUCGAAAAUCAAAAAAUCCUCGACACCAUCUCCUUCGAAGUCACAACCGGCACUCCCGACGACAAACUCAACGGCGGCGGCGUCACCAACAUCGCCUUCCUCAUGGGAACCCAAGGCCCGCGCCAAAUCUCCAAAGACCCCGGUGGCUUCCUGGAACGCGAAAUCUCCCAACCCAACGCCCACGUCCCCUUUGUGAAAUCCAAAUUCUGGAUCGAAACGGUAGAAUACGAAAUCAACGUUCCACGCCUCACUUCCCCGAAACCUAUUCUUUUGAGACCGAACAUGCCGAAAGGGAAAGAUGGGAAGGAUUCUACUGCGCCCACGCCCGUGUUUUUGGUCACGCCGCCGGAUCGGUUGCCGUGUGAGGAGAGGAAGAUUUCCGUGCGAGGGAUUCAGAUUCAGUAUAGUCAGAUGGUGAUUUUGAAUUUUGUGGGCAUUAGUUGGCCGCAUGUUAGUUGUGCUACGUUGGUUCCUACUGAGGCGCAGGUUUUUAAGAUGGUUUAGAAUAGUCGUUGGGAGGAAAGCUAGGUAGGUAAUCAGGGUUGGGUGGUUAUAGAAUGAGACGACGACGACAGAAGAAAUUUUUUAGUGAUAGCUUUGCGAGGAAGAAAAAAAAAAGAAGUCCGUC